AGGCCACGCACCCCGCAGCGCGUCUCUCUCCUCCGCCUCCACCCGGCCAUCUCCGCAGCCACUAACCCGCAACUCAGACCUCCCUCCCUUUCGAUCCGGCCCCCUCGCGCCUCCGCCGCCUCGUCGCCGUCGAGGUCGCUCCACCAUGGCGGCGCUCCUAGCCCGGCAGGCCGCGCAGGCGCUCCGCGCGAAGCAGACGGCGCAGCUCGGCCCGGCCGCGACGGCGAUGCAGGGGCACCUCCGGACCUACAUGAACGCCGGGACGCCCAAGAGGUUCAAAGAGGAUGAGGAGAAAGAACAGCUUGCGAAGGAGAUCGCAAAAGAUUGGAAUGCUGUGUUUGAAAGGAGCAUCAAUACAUUGUUUCUGACUGAAAUGGUCCGUGGUUUGAGUCUGACGUUGAAGUACUUCUUCGAGAGGAAAGUUACUAUUAACUAUCCCUUUGAGAAGGGUCCUCUGAGUCCCCGCUUCCGAGGAGAGCACGCUCUCAGACGUUAUGAAUCUGGGGAAGAGCGUUGCAUUGCUUGUAAACUAUGCGAGGCUAUAUGCCCAGCUCAGGCAAUUACAAUUGAGGCUGAAGAACGUGAAGAUGGCAGUCGCAGAACCACAAGGUAUGAUAUUGACAUGACCAAAUGCAUUUACUGUGGUUUCUGCCAAGAGGCUUGCCCAGUUGAUGCUAUUGUUGAGGGGCCUAACUUUGAGUUUGCUACUGAGACCCACGAGGAACUGCUGUACGACAAGGAGAAACUGCUUGAGAACGGCGACCGCUGGGAGACCGAGAUUGCUGAGAACUUGAGAUCUGAGAGCCUCUAUCGCUGAAUUUUUCUUCCCUUGUGAUCUAUAAAACUGUUGGUUCCACCAUUUCCUUGUUUUGCUGAUCUAGCUGAUAAAUAAGCCAACUAUAACUUGGGUACCAGGUACCAUGUUUCUGUACCUCGACACCGUCUGACUAUUGUUGUAUUCAAAGUGCCAGGGUGAAGGUGCACUGCAUGUUCUUGUUACAAUUGAUUUCAACCGUCGUCUGGCAAUACCAUAUUUUUGAACAACUGAACAGAACA